UAUGGCGUGAAGGGCAAAAGGGUAUUUAAACCACUUAUAGCCUCGAUUUCGGGAGCUUGCCCUCUUGUCUCUUUUCGUCUUGUGCAGCUCAUAAUUUCCACUGUCUGGGACGAUUGGUUUCUUUAAGAGCAUUAAUCGGCCUUUCUCAUUCUCCAUACCAUUGGCGUGGUUGGCAUUUGUACAGCAUCUCGUCUUUGAUUCCUUCGUACUCGAGGUACGGUACCCUGACCGCGUCGUCAUACGAAUUCGCAGCAUCGCCGAAUUGACACAAUAAGGCAGACAUCAUGGCUGGGUGGCAGUCUUGGAACCCCUUCAGUAAGAGGGAGACGCACAGCAAUGGCUCCAUCGUCGCAUACAAGAUUUUGACCUUGCUCUCGUGGCUUUUGUCCGUCGUCGUCACCGUCUACUAUGCCGUUGACGAGCCUCACGAUGGCUUCCACAUCCGCCGGCGCAUAUGGGACCAGAACUACCUGUAUCCCAGCGCCUUUACCAUGAACCACAUCCUUGCUGAUAUUUACUGGGUUGUUCUCUUCAUCCUCCAGUUUGGAUACGUCACAUCGCUCUUCUCCAGCAGUGCCGACGUCGUUGCCGCAGCUGCUGGUGUCGGCAGCCACUUCAUCCUCAACAACUUGCUUCACUUUGCAUUCGUAAUGCUCUUUGUGAACUCGCACUUCUACAUCGCCGAGGUCAUACUGAUUCUCAACUUCUUCAACCUCAGCUCGCUGUAUUUCCGACACAACACAGUCCCGCGCUUCAUUCACGUUCCUGUUGCUACAGGCCCGUUGGCAUGGACGUUUGUGGCCAUUUACUGGAACGGCGCCAUCAUGGUGCCGCACCCGCACAGCCUGGUGGCCAGAAUCUUUGGCAAUGUCUUCAUCUGGUCCAUUUUGGCAUACGGAUUCUUCUUCAUCAUUGCCUUCAAUGACUACACCAUGGGCUUUGCUCUCAGCGUCCUCUCGGCGGCAAUUGGUGUCGCCCAGUUCAAGCGCCAGGUCGUUGCCUUCCAGUGGAUCUUUGCGUUCAUCAUCAUGGCUAUCCUCUUCAUCUCGACGGUCACCGUUGCUGUUCCAGCCAUGUCGGGCAGAGACGUCAGAUGGAGGCGAACCACGGGCAGAGACGAGGAACGCGCGCCGCUGCUCAACGAGUCGGCCGCCUAAAGGCGAAAACAGGCACAUCAAUUCCUCACCAAUUCCGUGAACCCAGAAGCGGUGAGAAGAUGCUUGUUUCACAGCAGACAGAAUCACCCGAAAAGCCUGUUUGCUGAAUCACAAAAGAUUCUCAA